AACAAUGAAUGAGGCCCGGAGGUCAGCCAUGGUGGCUCCGGAGGUGACACAGCCCCAGCAGGAGUCGUCCCUCAAUGCCACUGAGAUGCCCAGCAAAGAGAACGUCUUUUCAGACAUGAAGGACAAAUUCAUGAACAAACUGGGCAAGCUGCCAAUCCCGCCCUGGGCUUUGGCCUCCAUCCUCAUCGUGGCUGCUCUCCUCCUCCUCUGCUGCUGCUUCUGCGCCUGUAAGAAAUGCUGCGGCAAAAAGAAGAAAGGGAAGAAAGGCAAAGACAAAGUGAAGGCCCAGAUCAACAUGAAGGAGGUGAAGGAGCUGGGCAAGAGCUACAUCGAUAAGGUCCAGCCUGAGAUAGAAGAUUUGGACCCAUCUCUGCUGCAAGAGCCCAAGGAAGAAAAGCCUCAGGAGAAACUGGGGAAACUUCAGUACUCGCUUGACUAUGACUUCCAAAGCACCCAGCUGGUGGUGGGCAUCUUACAAGCUGCUGACCUCCCAGCAUUGGACAUUGGGGGCACCUCGGACCCUUACGUCAAAGUCUUCCUGCUACCAGAGAAGAAGAAGAAAUUUGAAACCAAAGUUCAUCGCAAAACCCUCAACCCCACAUUCAAUGAGUCAUUCACUUUUAAGGUUCCUUAUUCAGAACUGGGGGGCAAGACUCUCGUCAUGGCCGUCUAUGACUUUGACCGCUUCUCCAAACAUGAUGCCAUCGGUGAGAUCCGCAUCCCUAUGAACACCGUGGAUUUGGCACACGUGAUUGAGGAAUGGCGGGACUUGCAGUCGGCAGAGAAAGAAGAGCACGAGAAGCUGGGAGAUGUUUGCUUUUCACUGCGGUAUGUUCCCACGGCCGGGAAACUGACGGUCAUCGUGCUGGAAGCCAAAAAUCUCAAAAAGAUGGAUGUGGGUGGGCUGUCAGACCCCUAUGUUAAAAUCCAUCUCAUGCAGGGAGGGAAACGUAUCAAGAAGAAGAAAACAACUAUAAAGAAAAAUACCUUGAAUCCCUAUUACAACGAGUCCUUCAGUUUCGAGGUGCCUUUCGAACAAAUCCAGAAAGUUCAGGUCGUUCUGACAGUCCUCGAUUAUGACAAACUGGGCAAGAAUGAAGCUAUCGGGAAGGUUUUUGUGGGAUGCAAUGCGACGGGGGCCGAGUUGCGCCAUUGGUCGGACAUGCUGGCCAAUCCGCGGAGACCCAUUGCCCAGUGGCACACACUGCAACCUGAAGAAGAGGUGGAUGCGGUGGUGGGCAUAAAGACCUCUUGAUGCCCCUUUCCUCUUGCCCAAAUCCUGCGGCAACAGUUCCUUCUCCCGUCCAGAGCGAAUGGGAGUGUGUGGGUGAGGCGCCCCUGAAAAUACGUGUGUGUGUUGGGGAAGCCUGUGAGCCUGUCUUCUCUCAGAGCCAUUUCCUGUUUAAAAAACAAAACAAAAACAUCUCCAAGAGAAAAAAAUCCGCUGUUUUUAUCCACUGUAUGAAAAAAAGGAAGGAAGUUUAUGCAGUAGUUUAACACGGGUGGGUGAGAGAUUUACUAUAGGUUUAAUAUGAGGCUUACAGUGCAACUUGUGUAGGUUUAGUUGUUUGAGUUUCAGAUGUCAAUGCACUGCAUUUUGAAACUGAGUACUGAUUGCAAACUUUUUUACUUUUAAACAAAUGAUGUAAAUUGGAUAUGAUAUUGCCAAGCUAGUUUUUAAAAACAGUCCUUGAAGAAACCUAUUGUACAUCUUUAAAACAAAACCUUUUACAUUUGCUAAAGGUUCUUGUAGAAGACCACAGUUUAACAUACGUUUUGGAUACAGUGCCAUGUUUGAAAACUAGACCUAAUAUGUAAAUCUAUUGUAAAUAACAGCUACCAGUUUGUUUACAAUAAGUUUAGAAAGGGGUUACAACAAAGUGUUCUUUGAUGACAUUAACUAUACAACUUUGUUGGACAUUGUGUUAUACUACUGCUUUAGAAAGUUAGGGGAAACAGGUCAGAAAUCUUCUAGAACACAGUUUUAAAGUAGAUUUUCUGGAACUUGAUGGCUUUACAUUACAACUAAAAUAUUUUUAGUUUU